CGGUUUUCUUCGGCUCUCUCUCGCCGCUAUAUAUUGAAGGCUUUCGGCAGCCUCCCCAAAACCGUUGUCGCGUCUCUGCUUGGUGGUCGCUUCUCUUCUCCUGCCGACGAAAAUGUCGAAGCGAGGACGCGGAGGUAGUGCGGGUAACAAGUUCAGGAUGUCGCUGGGUCUGCCGGUGGCGGCCACAGUUAACUGUGCGGACAACACGGGGGCCAAGAAUCUCUACAUUAUCUCGAAAGGGAAUCAGGGUCCCUCGAACAGGUUGCCCUCUGCCUGUGUUGGAGACAUGAUGAUGGCCACCGUCGAGAAGGGGAAGCCCGACCUCAGGAAGAAGGUCAUGCCUGCAGUCAUCGUCAGGCAGCGCAAGCCGUGGCGCAGAAAGGACGGCAUCUACAUGUACUUUGAAGGUCGGGAUCACUAUUGUCGGGCUCCCGGAGACGAGACCUCGGAUGAGCUCCUCCCCAUUGAAAAGCUCGAUCUAGAGAUCCCCAUGAAGGACAGAAGCGGAGGAGGCGGGGCCGUGGGAGAAGGAGCCACCGAGGCCGAGGGGCCAUCCGCCGGGCUCCAAGAAUAA